ACCCUAAGGUGUUAGAAGGUUUUCUACCCAACACUUGUACUCCCAAAACAUUUAAUUCUAUCACCUUCUGUUUAUUUCUCCUAAAUUUUUCAAUAUGAUCGGAAAGAUUGCAUGCUUAGUGCUAUUCUGCAUGGCGGUGGCUAUGCCCCGCCAUGCAGAAGCCCUGACAUGCUAUCAGGUCACUUACAACUUGAUGGGUUGUCUCUCUUACCUUACAAAUACUGGAGAUUUGGGAAGUUGUUGCGCUGGUGUUAAGGCUUUACAUAGCGCUGCUAACACCCAACUCCAUCGUCAAACUGCAUGCACUUGCAUACAGUUUGCUGGAAGGGCUAUCCCGGGAAUCGAUUGGGACAAAGCCAGUGAUCUCCCUGGCAUUUGUGAAGUCGAAGUUCAUGCCGAGAUCAACCCCUCCACAGACUGCUCCAUGAUCGAGUAAGAGUGAUGAACAAUCAAAUUUAAACUGCCAGCAUUUUAGUUCGUAGUGCAAUAACAAGGAGAAGAAUAAAAUGGGCUUAUCCAUUUGUAUUUUGUACGAGUUGUUUUGUUUUUUGUUUUUCUAUACCUGUUUUUCUUUUAAUUUGAGUCCAGUCUAGGCCAGCAGUAUGUAAUUGUAGUAUGUGCCAUCUUAAUAGAAGAUAUAUGUUAUUUAGUUAUCUCCCAUUUGUUUUCUUCUUUACUAAUUGUAUCACUUUUUUUUUUCCU